GCAUUCGACCCGACCCGGGCUCCCCGAACCCAACCUGGGACUGAACCAUGUUAAAAAGUGACAUGUGUUGCUUUUCAAAUGCCCCUUAUCCAAAGGAAAGCAUAAUCCAAUAGUACUUCCAAUGAAAAUCUGAAUGUGAUGGUGGCAAGCGGAUGGACAGGAAAAAGAAGAGAGCUCCACAAGUUGUUUUUACAGCAAGCUCCUCCUUUCCAUAUCCCAUUUUUCACCAAUCAAAGAAGCCAUAGCGAGCCCAAGAUUAGAAAUUAUAGAAACCCAGUGAGGGUUAAGGUCUCUACUGACACCAGACCACAUCAACUGCCCUCCUACAAUGAUUUCAAAGAAGCCCAUUUUCUGAAAUUGCUCCAUAGGUCCUGUAAAGCAGGGAACUAUGAUGAGGGUCUUUAUUUUCUUGAGUGUAUGGUGAAUUUGGGUCACAAGGCAGAUGUGAUUCUUUGCACAAAGCUCAUCAAGGGGUUUUUCAACUCGAAAAGUGUGGAUAAAGCGGAGAAAGUAAUGCGAAUUCUGGAGAGAUAUGGUGAGCCUGAUAUAUUUGCAUACAAUGCUUUCAUUAGUGGUUUAUGUAAAGUGAAUCAGAUUGAUACAGCAAAUGAAGUGUUGAGUAGCAUGAGGGCUAGAGGAUUUGCGCCAGAUGUGGUGACGUAUAAUAUUAUGAUAGGCAGCCUUUGCAAUAGGGGGAAGCUUAAUUUGGCACUGGAAAUGUUGGAUCAGUUGAUAAAAGAUAACUGUCAGCCUACUGUGAUUACAUACACGAUCCUAAUAGAAGCAACGAUUCUUGAAGGAGGCAUUGGUGAAGCAAUGAAGCUCUUCGAUGAAAUGUUGUCUCGAGGGCUACAACCCGACAUGUACACCUACAACACGAUAAUUAGGGGAAUGUGCCGGGGAGGUAUGAUGGAUGAGGCCUUUACGUUUGUUAGGAACUUGACGAGUAGAGGUUGCAAGCCGGAUGUGAUAUCAUACAAUAUUUUGUUGAGGGCAUUGCUGAGUCAAGGAAAAUGGGAUGAUGGGGAGAAGCUGAUGAUUGAAAUGUUUUCUACAGGUUGUGAGCCAAAUGUAGUUACAUAUAGCAUCAUGAUAAGUGGAUUAUGUCGAGAUGGGCAAUUAGAUGAGGCAAUCAACUUAUUAAAGCUUAUGAUGGAUGAGGGACUUACUCCUGAUACUUACACGUAUGAUCCAUUGAUUUCAGCACUGUGCAAAGAAGGAAGGUUAGAUUUGGCAAUUGCAUUCCUGGAUUACAUGAUUUCCAGUGGUUGUUUUCCUGAUAUUGUGAACUACAACACGAUACUUUCUGCAUUGUGCAAAAAUGGUAAUGCUGAUGAAGCUUUGGAAGUUUUCGGGAAGCUUGCUGAGAGUGGCUGUCCCCCAGAUGUGAGUACUUAUAACACAAUGGUAAGUGCAUUGUGGAACAGUGGAGACAGGAGUAGAGCCUUGAGACUGGUUUCGGAGAUGAUCCAUAAAGGAAUCGAUCCUGAUGAGAUUACAUAUAAUUCACUUAUAUCAUGUCUAUGCAGAGACGGGAUGGUGGAUAGGGCUAUUGAGUUACUAGGGGAUAUGAAGAACAGUGAGUUCUUACCAACCGUUGUCACUUACAAUAUUGUGCUUCUUGGAUUAUGCAAAGCUCACAGAAUUGGCGAAGCUAUCUCUAUACUGGAAGAAAUGGUUAAAAAGGGUUGCCAGCCGAACGAGACUACAUACGUUCUACUAAUUGAAGGUAUCGGGUUUGCAGGAUGGAGAGUGGAGGCCAUGGAGCUCGCGAAUUCUCUCUAUAAGAAAAAUGUAGUUUCCGGUCAGGCUUUGAGGCGUUUGAAUAGAACAUUUCCUAUACCUGGUUUUUAUGGAGACUUCAGCAAAAUGGAAAUUAAAAGCUAGUUUUGUGUUCCUCUGACCUUUUUUUACUUUCAUUCAUUAGCAUUCUAUUUCUUGAAACUUCUACUUCAUUCUGUUUCCUCUGUCUUAUGUGGGAAUGGCUAAUCAUGAGUUCAUCA